AUGAAGCACUUUGUUGUCAGCGCCCUCGCCACACUUGCUUCUGCCACGACCUAUAGGCUGACCGUCUUUGCACCUGGCACAGUCAUUGACGGGGCCGAUGUUGAAGCUGCUACUAACGGCUUCUAUUUGGGCCUUCUCGAGCCUUCGACCUACUGCCCGUCCAAAGUCGGGACUUGCCCACCUGUUCAAGGGACCUUGGUCUACGAGGGCAUGUCUGGCAUGGCAGUCGAAGUUCCUGGUGGUCAGCAAAUCUAUGUUGACUCAUCUGGUAUGGUCAAGUACACCCAAGCUCACUCGUCAUAUGUGCCCCAAGGAGCCUUCAUAACGGGGUGGUUCAAUAAGACUGUUGUCUCUUCUUGUGAGCCUGCCGUGCACGUUGUAGACUUCCUGGCAGCGGAUGGCAUGGGUUCCGGCGGGAUACUUCUCUGCCGCGAUGUGCAGAGUUUCAUGGACGGUACCGGAGCGAGCUAUCAACUGUUCGUGCAGACAGCUCAGUUGGAUGCUAGCAGCUGUGUGCCAGCGAUUGGCCUUCUCCAACAUGAAAGUGCUGCUCAGUACGGCGCUUGGCAGUACACUUAG